AUGGUGGUCAAGCCGGAGCCUUCCUCCACGCUAUUACUCCCCUUCGCCCAAAACAUAAUGGAUGUUCAGAUUUCGGAACAGUUCAUUGCACCGCAAUUCAAAAUGUAUGAUGGGACCACUGAUCCUGAGGGCCACAUCAAAACCUUCUCGAACGCGAUGGCAUUCAGAACGGGCAACGACGCCAUCUGGUGCCAGGCGUUCUCGUUGUCUUUGGAAGACGAAGCCCUUGAAUGGUUCAACAACCUGCCUCCCAAUUCCAUAGAAAAUUUCGCCGGACUAAAGCAGCUAUUUAUCUGGCAAUUCGCGGCUAACAGCACACAGGACUUGACCGUGUUUGAGUUGGUCACCCUGAAGCAGGGAAAGGAAGAAACGCUGAGAGCGUUCAUGGACCGGUACCAGAAAACCGUACAGCGGGUGAAGGCGUUAAGUCCGGAGCUCGCCCACCAUUACAUCCUACCCACCCUCAAGCCCGGACCGUUCAAAGACAGCGUCUGUCGGCGAGCCCCUAAGACUAUGGAGGAGCUGAGGGAACGCAUGGCAGACGAGAUAAGGGUUGAGGAGAUGAAGUUAUCCUACAAAAAGGAAAUUCAGGAACUUAGGAGCGAGAAGGCGGACGGGGGGAAACCCGGUAAUUCGGUAGGAAAACCGGGCGGCAACAGGCAGAAGGAACCGCGCCGAAGGCCCCGUUUCCAGCAAUACACCCCACUGAACGCCCCCCGAGAAAGGAUCCUUUGGGAGGCGCUCAGCGCGGACCUGCUCCCAGAACCUAUGAAGCGACCCACACCAUCCGGUGCGGAUGAAAGUAAACACUGCGCCUACCACAAGAAUAUGGGUCAUACCACCCAGGAGUGUGUGACCCUCAAGGACAAAAUUGAAGAACUGAUCCAGGCGGGAAAGCUAAAGAAGUAUAUACGAGACGACCGUCCUCAGGCGCCCGCCGAGCGGACUGUUAGACGACCGGCAUACAGGUCCGACAGACCUAGGAACGACCGGACCGAACGUCCCCGCUCCGAGCGAAGACGAAGCUGA